AUGGCGACAAUGUCUUUGCGCGCGGUCACGCAUCGCUUGACCACUACGCCCGUUCAACAAUUACCUCCAAUUGCUUCAUUUUUGGCGACAUCACUAAGCGACUGCGGAGAGCUUUUGUCUGCGCCUCAGAACCAGAAGACUGGAAAGUCUGAUUCUGACAAUGCGAUUCAGAUUCAUAAGCUCAAGACUCGUCUCGGGAGUCUGUUGCAGGACAGGAGCUUCGAAGGCCGAUGGACUGGUGUUGUGCUGGUGAAAGCGACUGUGGAAGCUGGACAAUGGGAGGUUCUCCGUGGAUGCGAACCUUUGGUGCGCAGUCUGAUUGCAAUUUUGGCGAAACAGGACCCCGUCACCACGAAGAAGAUGUGCAUUAUUACAUUGACGCGCAUAUUUCACCUUACUUACCAAUACCCUACGCUUGUUCGCGAGAUUACGACCCCGUCGCUCCCGGGUUUCAUCACAUCCAUUCUGAAUCUUGUGUCCGUUAAGCCAUCCUCCGAACCGAUCAGAAAGUUGCGACCCAGCACACCAUUCCUAGAAAUUGCCCUGCAUGUGAUCUUGGAGCUGAUUGCGAGACAUCCAACAACUUUCCGUCCAUUCUCUGCGCAAAUUCACAGCUUGCUUCAGGCGAUCAUUGGCUCUACCUCACCUACAUACCCCAAACCAGUGAUGGAACUUGCGCAGCGAUUAUUCAUUUCUCUGCACAACUGCGCGCCGAAGAACGCUGCCGGAGAUGAAUGGAGGAAUGCGAACUUGUUGACAAUCUCGUCCAUCCAUAGAACAUCAGACUACGUCUUCAGAAGUAUCAUCGAACAGUGGGAAUCCGUGGAUCCGAAUUUGCGACAAGCUGCAGCACCGCAAGAUUACACUCAGGAGGUAGGCGAUGAUGGACCAGACCCCUUGGGGUUGUCUGGAUGGCGUGGGAUCCACUCUGGUGUUGAUAGGAUACUUGCGCUUUUGCGACUUCUAUCUACUUUCUUCUCGACACCUACAGCUUCAGCAGUUUCUAUCCCUGUGGGCCAGAUUUUGGAUUUGACAUCACGCCUGACAUCGGUCAUCGUGCCAAACGAAAGUGGGGGUGUUCAGGCUAACUCACAAAUCAGUCGGGAAGAGAGAGAAAGUCUGUGGACAGAGCUUCCUCGCAUUCACGCUGCCUGUAUGAAGCUCCUCGUGAGUGCUAUGAAUGCCCUGGAGACCGGCACCAUGUCCGUUGCGCAGACAAUCCUUGAGCAAGCAACUUGGGUCUUCCGCGCCGAGAAGUUCAGCAGGAAGGUUCGUGUGUCUAUGUAUAACCUGGUCCGUUCUUUGCUGCCAAUCGUGGGCCCAUCCAUGACGAAGCAGGCUGUUUCUUCCCUGACGGAUCUAUUCCAAACUUGCUGCGUUGACCUCCUGCCGCCAGCCGAUGAUACAAAUCCCUCUGCAGGAUCAUCUACCGAUGCAAAGGGGAAGUCAAAGGCCAACCAAGUCGCCGUGAACGCAGACUCGUUCUUGAAUUCCGGAAAACAAGUCCGCCAAGUCAAGCAGGGUCCUUUGUUCCCUGAACUCAAGCGCGCUGCAUCAGAACUGCUCCCCAUCAUUCUCACAUAUGUCCCGACGGAGCUUCUCGUGCCCUCCCUACGGGGUGAAAUUGACCGUAAAAUCAUCCUGACAGCGGACAAGAACGCCAUGAUUUCCAGUGUUUUGAACCCACUUCCUGCCGCGAGAGGCCGCGGAGCAGGGUCCAGCAUCAUACCAUUUUUGGCCCGAAGCUACGCGGACGAGAUGGAGGUGGAGGGUUUGAUUAGACCCAGGAUGCCCGUGUUGAUGAGCACACCUGAUCUGAACGGCAAUGUUGUCGUUGAUGAGGACGAAGACGAGGAUGAAGAUAUGUCUGUGUCUGCGUAUCAGCCUACCACUCAGAGCACCGGUUUCCUCAGAACGUCUCCCCCAUCUGCGGCCCUUUCGUCCCAGACAACAAGCGUUGAAACUUUCCAGACAUCCACGCCCGCACCCUCUCUGAACAAACGAGUCUACGAGGAGCCCACUCCCCAGGCUCCCGUGGCACAACCCGCAGAAAAGAAAGAAGACGCACAAGUCAAACGAGCACGCUUCGAAGAUGAUACCAUCGCUGCCCCAACCAAACCAUCCUUGGCGAAAGAAUCACCGGCUACUUUCACAGGCACGGCCGCUAUCCCUGUGGAACAGUCCUCGGUGACAACUACGUCAACGCCUCAAUCUGUGCAGACUGCAGCUCCUUUCCCAAAGCCGGUACCCGCGACUACCCCCGUGAAGAUAUCUGCUGCAAAUGAGACAGAGGAAAGUGAUGAUGAAAUGCCAACCUUGAACAUGGAGCCAGACACUGAUGAUGAUGAUGAUGAAGAGAUGGAUGGGUAA